AUGAGUAAAAUGGACCAUAGCUCAUCCAGUCGGAUGAAAGAAUUAGCAUUAGACAAAUACAGAAAUUAUAUUAAUCUAGAUCAACCAUUUAUAUGGAAAUCAAAUAGACUUGAUUUGGAUGAAUUACACAAAAUUGCAUAUCAACUAUUAAAGUACUUUAUGAAAGAAUACAGUGAAGCUAAUUCUCAUCAUGCUCCAGACGAUGAUUACUUAAAUGACAUGCCACUAUCACAGAAAACGAGUCAUUUACGACAAUUAUUAACAAUUCGUCAUCCAGCAGAAUACAAUAAAAUUCCUGAUAAUAUUCAACAGUUAUUAGACAUUUUUUUACAAAAUCAAAUUGAUCCCAAUGAAAUUCAAUCGGCUGCAUCGUUACCUCGAGUGAAUCAAUUAUUUUCUAAUAAUAAUGAUCCAUUCUUUUCAAAAAUUGCACUUUGGCGUGGUGAUAUUACUCGAUUAGCCUGUGAUGCCAUUGUAAAUGCUGGCAAUACUGGCUUAUUAGGAUGUUUUCAACCUACUCAUUUAUGUAUUGAUAAUGUAAUUCAUGCUCAAGCUGGACCACAAAUGCGUGCAGAUUGUUUUACGAUUAUGAAUAAAUUAAAACUGAAUACUGAAUCAGUUGGAAGUGCUAAAAUAACACGAGCUUAUAAUUUAUCAUCACGCUAUGUUAUUCAUACUGUUGGACCAGAAAUUAAUGACCAUCAUGGAAAUCAUAGUAUUUCAUCUGGUAGAUCACCAACUAAAAAUGAAAUGGCUGAAUUGGCUAGUUGUUAUAUCAGUUGUCUUGAAUUAGCUUCUCUAGUAGGAUUAAAAUCUAUUGCCUUUUGCAGUAUUUCAACUGGUAUAUUUAGCUUUCCUCAAGAUAAAGCUGCUGAAAUUGCAAUCCAUACUGUUAGAGAGUGGCUUAAUGUAAACAGAACGAAUACUAGUAUUGAAUUGGUGAUAUUUAAUGUGUUUAAACCAAACAAUGAAGUAUUUUAUAUUGAACAAUUCGAACGUAUAGCUGGUACACGAGUUAAUAUAUUAGAUAAUCAUCGUACUCUCAAUAGAGAGACUAAAACGGACAUAGACGUGGCGAUAGAAUGGUUAAAAUCCUCUAAUAGUUUAUUGAUUGCUGCUGCUGCCGGAUUAUCAGCAAGUGCAGGUUUGGAUUAUACAUCUGAGAAAUUAGUUAAAGAUUUAUAUCCUGGAUUAUAUAAAGCUGGAUUUCGAACAUUAUAUUCUACCUUUGGCGGUGGUAUGAGUGAUGAAUUACAAUGGGGCUAUCUCUUUUCUCAAGUUCAUAACGUAAGAUAUAACUGGCCUCCAUCCACGGUUUAUCAACAAUUAAAACAAAUUGCUUUAUCAUUCAAUGACAAUAGAUUCUUUAUUAUUACUACUAAUGCUGAUGGAAUGUUUGAACGAAAUGAUUUUCCAGUAGAAAAUAGGCUUUAUACAAUGCAAGGCGAUUAUUCAAUGAUACAAUGUUUGAGACCUUGUUCAAAUAAUUCAGUAUGGCCAGUUCGAAAAUAUUUUGAAGCAGCUUAUCCAUAUGUCGACAAAAAAACGCAAUUAUUAACUGAUAAAACAAAAUUGCCUCGUUGUCCUCAAUGUGGUGGUAAAAUGUUUUUAAAUGUACGAGCUGGUGAUUGGUUUUUAUCAACACCGUAUGAUCAACAAGCUAAACAGUACAAUACAUGGCUAACAAAUUCUAUACAACAGGCUAAUGCAGCAAAUCGACUAUUGGUAAUCUUGGAGAUAGGUGUGGGUUUUAAUACUCCAAGUGUACUUCGUUGGCCAAUGGAAUCACUAGCUGAACGUCAUAAAAAUAUUCGUUUAAUUCGAAUUAAUGUCGACCAUUCAGAAAUUCCCACACAUUUAGUAACCGGUCAGAAAGGUGUAUCUUUAUCAAUGGACGCAACCAAAGCUAUUCAACUGCUGUGGCAAGGUUUUUUUAACAAAUAG